UCAGUUAAUACUAGACGACUAAACUGUCAACAUGACAACGAUUACUUUCCUUCUGUUGGCUUGCGUGGCCACUUCUUUAGCCUCGCCCAUGCUCUACAAGCUGAAUCCCGGCGAGAAAUACGAAGUAGAUCUAGUUCCUAUAUCAUCCACUGUGAUCCCUCUGACUGUCCUGGAAGUGAGCUAUGGAGCCGGUGGAAAGCCCAGCGAGGAGUACAAGGCGGCCUAUCUGCGAAAACUGAGAAAGCAGGUCCUCCAGCGGGCGGACAAGGAGCAGCAGGGUGCCGGAGACGACGAUUUCACACCCACCAUAGUUGCCGUGGCACCUGCCGAUGCCGAUUCCCUGAUUACAGCCAAGACACAUCAAGUGGAGAAGGCCAAAGUCAAGGACAUUUGAAUGGAGGUGGACCUGUCCUAAGUGUAGUGACCAAACUGGUGCUGGAGCUGGAGCAGGUCUUUGAGCUGAUGUCAUAUAGUGCGUGGAAUAAACAACAUCUAGCCAU